AUGCCAAUUGGUACUCAGAUCAAAGAAGGGGAAUUAGCUUAUGAGAGAGAUGAUUUAGCUACUGCAUUAUUGAAGGCGAAUUCUGCACUUCAAGAAAAUCAAAAUUCAUUCAAAGCACUUUUACUUAGAAGUCGCAUUUAUUUGAGGUCCAAGAAACAUGAUCUUGCUUUUGAGGAUGCAAACAAACUCGUUCAAAUAGCCCAAAAUAGUGGCAAACGGGAAGAACUUGCUACGUCCUAUAAACAGAAAGCAAUUGUCUUGUUUAGACAGAAAUGGUUUCACGAGGCAAUGGAGAACAUAUGCAAAGCUCACGACCUAAAUGACAAGGACGCCGAAUGCUUGAUGUUUAAGACCAUGAUAGAGAAAAAGCUUCAAGCAGAUGCGAAGCUUUCAGUCAAAAGUCCUGAAUCUUCCAAAGGAAAGUCAUCAUUGGCCCAACAAAUUUCGAAACAGAAGCCGAAAGUGGAUUGGUAUGAUUCCAAAGACAUGGUAAACGUUUCAAUAUACGUCAAAAAUAUACCACCCACGACUUUGAAGAUAGAUUUCCAGGAGACGUCAGUGAGUGUUUCUUUUAAAACAAGUGAAAAUGCCGACUUUAAUUAUUGUUUGGACCCCUUGUAUGGCUCAAUAGUCCCCUCCAAAUCAUCAUUUAAGGUUUUUGGAACUAAAUUGGAAUUAUACCUUGCCAAGGAAACCGAAGAAACUUGGAAAGCAUUAGAAAAAGUGGAACCAGAUACGAUUGCACCACAGGAGACUUCUCUUAGCACUUUGGGCUAUCCAAGCUCUUCUACAAAGAGAAUCAAUUGGUCCGAAUUCAAGGUAGAUGAUGGCGAAGAAGAUUCCAGUCAAGAUCCGGACGUCUUCUUUAGGAAACUUUACGAAGGAGCAGACGAAGAUACCAAAAGAGCGAUGAUGAAAAGUUACUUGGAGAGCAAUGGUACGACUCUUAGCACAGACUGGAAGGAGGUCAGUCAGAAGAAGGUGGAUAUUGCUCCUCCUGAUGGGGUGGAUAUCAAGAAAUGGUAA